AAUACACCUGCGGUAUUCUGAGCAAGCUCCAUUGCUCAACCCAAACAACAGAGAAACAGAUCCCACGUUAGGUAAGGUACCUUAGGUUGGCUUGACUUCCGCUACAAUCUGCGCACCACCCCACAGCUCCUUCCUCACCCAAACAUGGCUGCAUUCGUUUGCAUUCCCAUGCUAGUAGUAUUCUGAAUCAAAAUUCUCAAACUCAUCCAGGUGAUUCUCAGCCUCUUCAACUUCACUAAGGCUUACCAGGCUUUUCUUUCCUGCGCCAUUCUACUUUCACACACUCGAAUCACACCAUCACAACACAACCCCGGCAACCGCAAUGAUGGACGCGGAAAUGGAAAUGGAAGGGCCUUCUAUGGUUCACUCACCGUAUCAGAACUCACUUCUCGACGGUGACUUGAUGGACAUCGGCGGCGACGUGAUUGACCUCGACCAGCCGGCUCCAAUCAAGGAUGAGUCGACCGAUGCUGACGAAACCGAUAAAGAAGAGGAGGAAUAUGAACCCAAGAAACUGCUUGUCAACCCCCCGUCCAAGCGGCGCAAGAUCUCCGAGAGGCGGCGGGCAGACAACGCCGCAUUCGACUUGUGGAUUGAGGAAAACCAGAAGAACCUCUCAACGGGCUUGAACAAAUUCGUCAUUGAGGACGACAGGCCGUUCCAGUCUUGGGUCAGGGAUUUUGAGAACAAACGCAUCAUCGCAAACCCCCGCGACUAUCAACUCGAACUCUAUGAGCGAGCCAAGACACAAAACACGAUUGCGGUUCUCGAUACUGGUUCCGGCAAGACGCUAAUCGCUGCCCUUCUCCUCCGAUGGACGAUCCAGAACGAGUUGGAGGACCGGUCCAAAGGACUUCCCAAGCGCGUCGCCUUCUUCCUCGUUGACAAGGUGGCCCUCGUGUUCCAGCAACAUGCAGUGCUGGCCUGUAACCUGGACUACCCCGUGGAGAAGUUCUGCGGUGAUAUGGUGGAAGAAGUCUCCUCCAAACAGUUCUGGGACGACAUCUUUGCCAACAACAUGGCCAUCGUCUGCACGGCUGAGAUCCUCUACCAAUGUCUCCACCACUCCUACAUCCGGAUGGACCAGAUCAAUCUGCUGGUCUUCGACGAGGCUCACCACACCAAGAAGAACCAUCCCUAUGCCCGUAUCAUCAAGGAUUUCUACGUCGAGGUCAAGGACGAAAAAAAGAGGCCCCGCAUCUUCGGCAUGACAGCCUCGCCCGUCGAUGCCCAGAUCAACCCGAAGAUUGCUACGGCGGAGCUUGAAGGCCUCCUUCACAGCCAGAUCGCCACCGUUGCUGACACGGCCGCCAUGUAUCAGAACACAGGGAAGCUGAAGCGCGAGUUGCUGGUCCAGUAUGAGAGGAGGUGCCCAGACUGGGAGACAGAGCUCAACCAGGCUCUGAAGGAGCUUGUUGGUGGCUAUCCAGUAUUCAAAAAGCCGUUCGCCUUCACUGACACUGCGGCUGCGGAGCUUGGCCCCUGGUGCGCUGACCGUUACUGGGAGCUUUUCUUUCGAUCAGACGACGUAAUAAAGCUGGAGGCCAGGGCUGAGAGGGAACUCCUUCGUGAGUCUGCGUACCACCAGGCCAUGGAUGAGCACAUCGAUAAGGUGCGCCAAGCGCAUGAGUUGGUGAAGAAGCAUAACUUCGCCCGACCAAGUCUUCGCCGGGAUAUGCUGUCUUCCAAAGUCAUCCAACUUUACAGGAUCCUACGAGAUCAAUUCAACAGCGUCGACCACAACCGGCGAUGCAUCGUGUUUGUGAGGCAGAGGAACGUCGCCACGCUCCUAGCCGACCUGCUGCAACAGCCAGAGAUGAAGAUCCCGGGUCUUGAGCCCGGUGUACUGGUCGGAGGAGGCCGCCCGGAGGCGAGCUGGGACCACUCCAAGGUCACCUACCGUGAGCAGGUGCUCACCAUCAUCAAGUUCAAGAAGGGUGAGCUGAACUGCCUCUUCGCCACAUCUGUUGCCGAGGAGGGCCUCGACAUCCCAGACUGCAACGUCGUCAUCAGAUACGACCUCAAUCACACCCUGAUCCAGUACAUCCAGUCCCGUGGGAGAGCGCGCCAGGAAAGUUCAGUGUACAUCCACCUGGCUGAAAAGGGCAAUGUGGACCACUACAGGAAGCUGUAUGAGAACAUACAGAGCGAAGAAAUCCUGCGGCGGUUCUGCGAGGCCGUCCCGGAGGACAGAAAGCUGACGGGGAACCACUUCAACAUGGACUACUUCCUACGCAAGGAGAAGGAUCAACGGCAGUACACAGUCCCCGAGACCGGGGCAAAGCUCAACUACAAGCAGAGCCUGAUAUGCUUGGCCGCCUUUGUGGCCUCGCUGCCGCACCCGCUAGAGGUCGUCAACCCGACUCCCGAGUACCUUGUCGUUUCUGUUCCCGGAGGCUUCCAAUGCGAGGUGAUGCUGCCGGAAUCGUCUCCGAUCAGGAGUGCAACCGGACGAGUGCACCUGAGCAAGGCAGUCGCCAAAUGCUCGGCUGCCUUUGAGAUGUGCCUCCAGCUGAUCAAGGGCAAGUACCUGGAUCAGCAUCUGCGGCCCAUCUUCACCAAGCAGCUGCCCGCGAUGCGCAACGCCCGGCUCGCCGUGAGCUCCAAGAAGAAGGGCCAGUACCACAUGAGGAUUAAACCCGAGAUAUGGUCGACGGUGGGCGAGCCCACGGAACUCUACGUCGUGGCUCUGACAUUGGCGAACCCGGCCGCACUUAGUCACCGCUCCUCGCCAGUCUUGCUACUAACCCGUCAACCGCUUCCGCAAGUUGCUGCGUUCCCGCUUUUCUUCGGACCAGACCGCUCGUCCAUGGUGAACUGCAUCCUCGUCCCUGGGUGCAUUCGUUCCGACGAGACGUGUCCCAUCCAGGCACUGACGGCGUACACAUUGACGAUCUUCAGGGAUGUUUUCAGCAAACAAUACGAAGCCACCGCGGCUCAACUGCCCUACUUCCUUGCCCCGACAGUCAAAGGCCAUGCCUUCGACUUCACGUCAGUUCCUGACCCGAGUCAGCUUGUGGACUGGGCGGCGGUGAGAUCCGUCUUUGAGAACGAGCGCAUCACCUACACCUUCAGCGAGCCAGAUGACUUUUUCAGAGACAAAUAUGUUACCGAUCCGUACGACGGGUCCCGGAAGUUCUUCCUUCGUGGACGCCGUCCCGAGAUGAAGGCGACGGAUCCCGUACCUGACGGUGUCGUCGCCCCGGGUCACCGGGCCUGGGUUACAGUAUGCGAAGCGCACGACAUUCUGGAUUACAGUCUUAGCGCGUGGUCGAAGUCACGGGCCUCGAUACAUCUCCGGGCAGAUCAGCCGGUUGUCGAGGCAGAACUACUCCCCAUCCGCCGCAACCUCUUGGAUGACAACAUCAAGGAGCGAGACCUGGAGCCGAAGCAGUGCUUCCUCGUGCUGGAGCCGCUGAGAAUUUCACCUCUGUCGACGGACGUGGUAGCCAUGGCCUACAACUUCCCCGCCAUCAUUCACCGUAUCGAUUCGAACCUCGUUGCGGUCGAUGCCUGCAGAAAGCUGAGUCUGAACAUCCGCCCGGACCUCGCGCUUGAGGCCUUCACCAAAGAUAGCGACAACACGGACGAGCAUGACGUCGAGCAGAUCAACUUUCAGGGGGGCAUGGGCAACAACUACGAGCGACUCGAGUUUCUCGGCGACUGCUUCCUCAAGAUGGCGACCACGAUCUCCAUUUUCACACUCAUCCCGGACAAGGCCGAGUUCGAGUACCACGUCGAGCGCAUGCUGCUGAUUUGCAACCGCAACCUCUUCAACAACGCGCUCGAGAUCAAGCUAGAAGAGUACAUCCGCUCCAUGGCCUUUGACCGGCGGAGCUGGUACCCCGAGGGCCUAACGCUCAAAAGGGGCAAGCGCAAUGAUACUAGUCAUCGCCAGCACGUCCUUGCCGACAAGACCAUUGCCGACGUCUGCGAGGCGCUCAUCGGCGCGGCCUACCUGACUGCGCAGGAGCAGGACAAGAACAGCUUCGAUCUGGCCGUCCAAGCUGUCACGAUCAUGGUCAGGGACAAGAACCAUGCCAUGACGUCGUAUAAGGACUACUACGCUGCCUACGUCAAGCCCGCAUGGCAGACAUGCCCGUCCAACUCGGCGCAGCUUGACAUGGCCUCCCGUUUCCACGCGCGCAUGGGCUACUCUUUCAAACACCCGCGGCUUCUCCGCGUGGCCUUCCAGCACCCGACAUAUCCCACUGUCUACGAAAAGCUGCCGUCAUAUCAACGCCUCGAGUUCCUGGGUGACGCGCUUCUCGACAUGGCCUGCGUCGAAUUCCUGUUCUACGGCUUCCCCGGCGCCGACCCGCAGUGGCUGACGGAGCACAAGAUGGCCAUGGUGUCCAACCAGUUCCUCGGCUGCGUUGCCGUCCAGCUGGGCUUUCACAAGGCUAUUAACUACUGCUCCCCGUCGAUCCAGAAGGAGAUCACCGAGUACGUCGCCGAGAUCGAGGAGGCGCUCCAGAGCGCCAAGGAGGACGCGGUGCGGCAGGGCGGAACCGAGGACGACUUCGCGCGCGACUUUUGGGUGCACUGCUCGCGCCCGCCCAAGUGCCUGCCGGACGUGGUCGAGGCCUAUGUCGGCGCCGUGUUUGUCGACAGCGAGUACGACUUUGGCCAGGUCCGGCAGUUCUUCACCGCGCACAUCCGCCCCUUCUUCGAGGACAUGCGGCUCUACGAUACCUUUGCCAACAAGCACCCCGUCACCUUCCUCGCGGCUGUUAUGCAGCAGCGCCUGCGGUGCGGCGAGUGGCGGCUGCUGGUCAAGGAGCUGCCGGCCGUCGGGGAGGACGGGGACGUGAUGAUGGGCAUCAUCAGCGCGCCGCAAGUCGUGUGCGCUGUCCGGGUGCAUGGGCGAACGCUUGCCCACGCCGUGUCGGCGAGCAGUCGGUACGGCAAGGUGGCGGCUGCGAAGAAGGCGCUGCAGAUUCUGGAGGGGAUGGAGGUGGAUGAGUUCCGGAGGGAGUAUGGGUGCGCUUGCGCGCUGGAUGGCGGGCCCCUUGAGGAUGUUGAUAUUGCUGCGCAUGCGUCGGCAAUUUAGGGGGCCGCCCAGGCAUUGGGGAACAUGUAGAGAAGGAGUCGUGGGGAGGGGGGCCCGCUGGUUUACAGUGCAGUUACGAUGAUUUUCGGGAUUUUUUCUGUGUUACGCUAUGCGGUGCAUUGCAGACAAGACACUUACUAGGCCAUUAUUCUUUGGAGUUGGGUGGUAAUUCUCGCGAUGGAUUCGCA